AUGCAAGUGAAAUUAGACUCUGUCUCACCUAUUGUUAAUGACACUUUUUUUUCUAGUGAAGCCAAGAGAGAUUGUUUGAUAUUAAUUUUGAGAGCUGAUGGAAAAUCCGAGAUUAAGAAAUACAGAGACAAGAAGGACAAAGUCUCAAGAUUUGACACUAUACGUCAUUCCAUAGCUGGAAUUAUAAGGUCUCCAAAAUCCAUGCUGGGCUCAUCGUCGUUCUUUGAUGUAAUAUCAACCACUGAGAAACCAUUGGCUGAGCAAGACUGGUAUCAUGGUGCAAUUCCAAGAAUAGAAGCCCAGGAGCUGUUAAAACAGCAAGGAGACUUCUUGGUGCGAGAGAGCCACGGGAAACCUGGUGAAUAUGUCCUUUCUGUGUUUUCAGAUGGACAACGGAGACACUUUAUCAUACAAUAUGCUGAUAAUCAGUAUCGUUUUGAAGGAACUGGGUUUCCAACUAUUCCUCAGCUCAUAGAACAUCAUUACACAACAAAGCAAGUUAUUACAAAGAAAUCAGGUGUUGUUCUGCUGAAUCCUGUUGUUAAGGAUAAGAAAUGGGUUCUCAAUCAUGAAGAUGUCACACUGGGAGAAUUACUGGGCAAAGGUAAUUUUGGUGAGGUGUAUAAGGGAACAUUAAAGGAUAAAACUCCUGUUGCUGUAAAAACGUGUAAAGAAGAUCUUCCUCAGGAAUUGAAAAUAAAAUUUCUGUCAGAAGCCAGAAUACUCAAACAGUAUGAUCAUCCAAAUAUUGUAAAACUUAUAGGAGUUUGCACACAACGACAACCUAUUUAUAUUGUUAUGGAACUCGUUCCAGGAGGGGAUUUCCUGUCCUUUUUAAGAAAAAAGAAGGAUGAGCUAAAAACCAAACAGUUGGUGAAAUUUUCAUUAGAUGCUGCUUCUGGUAUGGCAUAUCUUGAAUCUAAAAAUUGUAUACAUAGAGACCUGGCUGCGAGGAACUGCUUGGUAGGUGAAAGCAACAUUUUGAAAAUAAGUGAUUUUGGAAUGUCCCGGCAAGAAGAUGAUGGCGUGUACUCAUCGUCAGGCCUAAAGCAGAUUCCUAUCAAGUGGACUGCCCCAGAAGCUCUUAACUAUG